UUCUGAAUUGAAUUCAAAACAAAUUCAAAAAAAUUCAAACGGCGGUCUUGCAGCAAGACUCCUGCUUGAUGUUCAAGUAGGAGGGGAGAGAGGAGAGAGGAGAGAGAUCCUGUCGUCGGCCGGUGUACGAAUCCUAUGCGAUCGAGAAAGAAGAGAAAAACUGCGAAUUCUUGCUGCAAUUUCUCGUCGGAUCUCCUGCUCCAAUCUAUUGUUCCUCAAGAAAGUCUGUGCCCUUCGUCUUUCUUACAACGCACUCCACGGCCCCACUCCCACCCCAAUCGACAGCACGUCUGUCUCCAUCUAAACCCUAACCUCCACACUAACCCUCCCGGAUCUAGGUUUCCCCUCUCUUAAACGAUGCACUUGAGGAAUCAGAACAAACCCCCCAUGACCCCAGCGUACAAUACUUCUGGAAAUCCCUCAAAUAAGGGCGAGGUUUUGGAGGAUUUGCGAAUAGAUAAGAGGCGGAAGAUCGGGGGAGAGAAGAUGGUGGGUCAAGCGGCAUAUACGCGCUCUCGCGCACCUCAGUCGGUACAUGCUAUACCUGGGAGUAGGGUUGCUGUGCCAGCUUCGGAAAGCUCUAAUGGAGAUAGCACUGGAGGCCUGCUCGAGUUUAAGUCGAGAGAAGAUGUGGAGAAGUUGUUGGCUGAAAAGCUAAAUCCCAAGAAUAGAAAUGAUGACAAGGGAAGGAACAAAGAGUUGCGGGAUAUCAUAAAAAAGUUCAAGGCCUGCAUCAAUUGGUACAUGGGGCUCGAAGAUGGAUAUUUGGCUGAGCAGGAGAAGCUUCGUGGCAUGAUAGAAUCAGAACAAAGAAGGCAUUCUGAGAUUGAGGCCCAUAUGAGUUGCAAGAUUGAUGAGCUAACUUUGUUGAAUGGGGAACAUCAGAAACAUGUGGUCUCUUUGGAGGAAAGACUUAGGAAGGAAGAGGCGGAUAAAAUGGCUGCUAUUGAAUCUUACGAGAAAGAGGCUGAGGCAAAAAUUGCUUCUGAAAACUUGCGUUCUGGUCUGUUGGAAGAGCUGGAGAAAGCCACUCAAGAGAUUAAAUAUCUUAAUGAUCAGAUAAAAAUGGUGCAAGAGACAAACAAACGGUUGCAAGAAUAUAAUACCAGUCUGCAACAAUAUAAUAGCAACCUUCAAGCUGAUGCUGUGAAGAACGGUGAUACUAUAACCAAGUUGCAAAAGGAUAAGACUGCUAUGAUGGAGACUCUCGCAGGCUUAAGGGAUCAAUCCAGUUCGCUUAAGAAUCAACUUGAUACUAUUAGGUCAUCUCAACAAGAAGCAAUUAAACAAAGAGAAGAAUUCAGAAAGGAAGUAGGAUGUCUCAGAACGGAAUUACAACAAGUCAGGGUUGAUCGUGAUCAACAACUAGAGCACGUUCAAUGCAUGGUCGUGGAGCUUAAGAAGUAUGAGGAACUUCAUGGAAAGUCCAGUAGGGAAAUGAAUAUUGCUCUUACAAAGACUUCUGCACUAGAGGAGACAUGCUCUUCUCAACAAGAUCAAAUAAAAAGUCUACAAUAUCAGCUAGCCGCUGCAAAUGAGAAGCUCAAGAGGGCUGACUUGACAUCCAUUGAGAUCAUCCAAGAAAAUGAAACUAAUAAAAAGUUGGUUAGUGAGCUGCAAAGUCAUGUGAUUGAUUUGGAGUACCAACUUGUUGAAGCAGAGAAGCUUCGGAAGAAGCUACAUAACACCAUUUUGGAGUUAAAAGGAAACAUUCGAGUGUUCUGUAGAGUACGGCCUGUUUUACCUGAUAUUGACUAUAGGGGAGAUGAUGGAAUAGUUGUGUCGUAUCCAACAAGCGUUGAAUGUCUUGGACGUGGCAUUGACUUGAUGCACAAUGCUCAAAACCAUUCCUUUACUUUUGACAAAGUAUUUGGUCAUGAGGCAUCACAAGAGGAUGUAUUUUUUGAAAUCUCACAGCUUGUACAAAGCGCACUUGAUGGCUAUAAAGUUUGUAUUUUUGCCUAUGGACAAACUGGUUCAGGAAAAACUUAUACCAUGAUGGGAAAACCAGAAGCUCACGAGCAGAAAGGAUUAAUACCAAGAUCCUUGGAACAAAUCUUUGAGACUAGUCAAGCCCUGAAAUACCAGGGGUGGAAAUACAAAAUGCAGGCAUCAAUGCUGGAGAUAUACAAUGAAACAAUCCGUGAUUUAUUAUCUCCGAAUCGAUGUGGUAGCACUGAUGCAACACAUGCUAACAAGCAAUAUUCGAUAAAGCAUGAUUCAACUGGCAACACGCUUGUGUCUGACCUUACCGUGGUUGAUGUAUGCAGCAUAAACGAAGUCUCUUUCCUUCUUAAUCAAGCAGCACAGAGCAGAUCUGUUGGAAAGACACAAAUGAAUGAACAGUCAUCAAGGAGUCAUUUUGUAUUCACCCUACGAAUAUCAGGAAUGAAUGACGCCACAGAGCAACAGGUUCAAGGUAUUUUGAACCUAAUAGAUCUUGCUGGAAGUGAACGUCUUGCCAAAAGUGGCUCAACUGGUGAUAGGUUAAAGGAGACUCAGGCCAUCAACAAAAGCUUGUCUUGUUUGAGUGAUGUGAUAUUUGCAAUUGCAAAGAAGGAGGAUCAUGUCCCUUAUAGAAACUCAAAACUGACCUACCUUCUACAGCCUUGUCUCGGGGGUGAUUCGAAAACUUUGAUGUUUGUCAACAUCUCCCCAGAGGCUUCAUCAGCCAAUGAAUCCAUCUGCUCGCUCCGGUUUGCUGCUCGUGUCAAUGCUUGCGAGAUUGGAGUUCCUCGCCGCCAUACGCAGAUGAGGCCAUUGGAUUCUAGAUUAAGCUAUGGAUGACAAUAACGAUUUCAUUCUCAGCACAAUGUAUUAUUUACUCACACUCAUACUUGGAACCAAUUUAUGGUGAUAAAAUGUAUGCCAUAGAUUUGGAUUUUUUCAUUGUCUGAUGGAUGAGCUUGUAACUGAGGAUCAGAGGAUUAUCCCUUAAUGCCUGUAACAUUUGCUCUCUUCUCAUCAAAUUUGUACUGCAUAUAUAUCAUGUAUUGAUAAUCGGUGUGCUUGACCUGUUUCUUUAUACUUAUCAGAGGUUUUUUUAGCA